UCCUCCCGCUCCAACUCCUCCAAGGAAGCCUCCAAAUUUCAGUUCUGCACUUCCCGCAGCGGCAGAUUCGCAGAAGUACGCACUCCGCACUGCCGCAACGCCCGCAAGCCCGCCGGCCGCCGAUCACCGCAGUCCGCCGCCCACCGCUCACUGGAGCACCGCCCGCUACCCGCCUCCUGCCGGUCGCCGCCUGACGCCCACAGCCUGCCGCUCACCGGAGUCACCGCCCGUCGUCGCUACAUUCCAGAGUCCAGACCAUUUGAAACCAUUGCUGUACCAAAACUCCAAAAGGCUGCGACUUCCACUCUUCCAGGCUCCAGCAGGCAGCAGUGCAGUCUCCAGUGGUGUACUGCCCAAUGUUCAUCCGGUAUUCCGGUUGACCUGUUCUAUCGAAUUCGGAUUCGGUUGACUACUUGACUCGUUUUAUCGAAUAGCAGUAGCGUAGUGACGGGAAGUCGGCAACCAUCCUGUAACCUGUAUGACCCUAAUUUACUCAAAAAUCUGAGUCAUAACCACUUCCAAGUUCCAACAACGCCGCCAUGGCCAAGAAGAACGGUGCGAAGACAUUGGCGGAGCUGAAAACCCUAGGAAACAAGCUUUUGUCUUCUAGAGCACACAUCAAUAACCUCCCUGUCCUCCUCACCUUCGUCAAUCCCUCUUCUGCUCCCCAAUACGCUCUCGAAGCGCUACUUUCCCUCCAAGCCUUCUUCACUCCUCUCAUUCCCGACCUCCCCUCCACUACUUCAGCUGCUGACCCCCGAGAUGAACCCGAAAUUAUCUAUAGUAUUUGGCUCCGUUCCAAGUUCGAAGACCUCGUUCAAUCCCUCAUUGACAUCGCCACCUCUUCCCAGUGCGAACAAGCCCUAAGGGAAGUUGUAUUAGAUGCACUAAUGGAGUUUGUUAAGGUUGGAAACUCUGGAAAGUUUCACCCUGCAAUAUACCGCCGUUUUCUUCACAGUAUUGUUCACUCAUCAUUGGGAGUGGAUGAUAUUUUGCUUCAUUUGCUUGCAACAAAGUAUUUCAACUACAUUGAUAUUCGUUAUUUUACUUACAUCAACAUGGAAAAGCUCUCACAAACAUUAGAAGCAAAAUACAUUACUGAUUAUGAUAACAAGAUUUCAUCUGGCGAUUCUGAGAAUCCUCCAAGAGAAAGUAUGGAGCUUUCAGUUCAGAAGAUAUAUUAUAUUCUAUCGCAUAUCCCACCACCAGAUGGUCUUGAUCAAAUGUCAAAAUAUGAGAUGUGGAAUGGUCUAGGUAUUUUUGUUGGGAAAAACAAUAACAGGGAAAAUGCUUUGGAUUCAAAAGCAGAAAGCAAGAUUGGCAAAGCUGAAAGUUCUAGUGAUAAAGUUUUGCCUUCUCUGAAAGUUGCUAAAAAGAUGAAGCUGAAAUUUACAAAAGCAUGGAUAUCAUUUCUUAAAAUACCACUCCCACUUGAUGUGUACAAAGAGGUUCUGGUUAGCCUUCAUCAGGCAGUCAUCCCUUACUUGUCAAAGCCCAUCAUGUUAUGUGAUUUCUUGACACGAUCAUAUGAUAUUGGUGGGGUUGUCAGUGUUAUGGCUCUUAGUAGCUUGUUUAUCCUCAUGACUCAACAUGGUAUAGAGUAUCCAAACUUCUAUGAAAAGCUAUAUGCUCUUCUAGAGCCUUCUAUUUUUAUGGCAAAACAUCGGGCAAAAUUCUUUGAGCUUCUUGAUUCUUGCCUGAAAUCACCACUUCUUCCUGCAUAUUUGGCUGCUGCUUUCUGCAAAAAAUUGAGCAGGCUUUCACUAUCAGUUCCUCCCUCAGGAUCUCUUGUUAUUACUGCUUUAAUCCACAACCUUUUAAGGAGACAUCCAUCAAUAAACUGCUUAGUGCAUCAGGACGAUACUGAUGAGACAACUAAAGAAAAUUCAGAAGCAGAGAGAGAGACUGAUGUUACUGCAGAUGCUUGCACAGAAGUCUCUGUUAAUGGAUUGGGCAUUGAUCCUUUUGAUGAGGAAGAGAGGGAUCCUUUGAGGACUAAUGCCAUGAGGAGCUCUCUUUGGGAGAUUGAUACUCUUCGUCAUCACUACUGUCCUCCUGUUUCAAGAUUUGUUUUAUCACUUGAAAAUGAUUUAACCGUCAGAGCAAAAACCACUGAAAUAGCAGUAAAAGAUUUCAGUUCUGGUUCUUAUGCAACAAUUUUUGGUGAUGAGAUUAGGAGAAGGGUUAAACAAGUCCCCCUGGCAUUCUACAAAGUAGCACCAACCUCUUUGUUCUCAGAGUCCGAUUUUCCUGGCUGGACUUUCGAUAUAAAAAACAAAGAGUUAGCUGGUGUUAAUCAAGAGAACGAUGUUAUUUCUGCGAAACGGCAGCGAGUUGAGUGCUCUUAAUGUGAUUGUUGUAUUUGUAGAAGUAAAAUUUUGAUAUUCAAAAUUAUACCCAAGUACCUAGAUUGGUUUUCCUUCAGUUUUGGUAGGCAUUUGUGUUGAGUUCAAUUACAUUAUCUUAGAGACUGGAGUUGACCCCUUUUAAGUCCCAGUAACCAAAAUUAUACAGGGCCGACCUAUAAUAAUAAGUACUGUUUUUGGGCGUUUUGGUGACAACUUGACUGUUGCAAAGAUUUAAGUUUUGCUGGUGGCAUGGUUGAUGGCACAAACGUGGCCAAAAUGUUUGUAAAGGAAUAUAAUUUACUAUUAAAUUAUGCCAUGAAUCGUGCGUGCA